UCAGCGCAACGAUGAUGAUCGCCGGCCUUACUUUAGCCGUUGCUGCCGGCUGCCUGGUCGCCGGUCUAGCCGAAGAACGCCAAUUCGUGGUUCACACAACUUGUGGAGCUACGAGAGGAAUCGUUCGUUCCACGACUGCUGGUCCAGUGCUAGCCUUCCUGGGAAUACCUUUUGCCGAGUCGCCGCUAAGUGAACAUCGCUUCAAGAAGCCGACGCCUAAAAAGCCUUGGCAAGGGGUUCUAAACGCCACAUCGUUGAGGCCAAUGUGUCCCCAGAAUCCCACGCGCAUCCACAAUUACUUUGCUAUAACGGAAGCGGAUCCCGUUUCCGAGGACUGUCUUUUUCUCAACGUCUUCAAACCCGUUCGAAAUGACUCUGCUCUGAGGCCCGUAGUCGUAUACAUUCACGGAGGCGCCUUUUUGUUCGGAGGAAUUGCCAUGAAGAUUUUCGAUGCUUCCGAACUAUCCGUGCGAGGAGACCUUGUCGUCGUCACCAUCGCCUACAGGCUAGGACCGUUAGGGUUUCUGUAUAUGGGUACAGAAGAGGCACCGGGCAACAUGGGCCUCUACGAUCAACAACUUGCGCUGCAAUGGGUCAAGGACAACGCACGUUCCUUUGGCGCCGAUCCGGAUGUCAUAACUGUAAUGGGUGAGAGCGCCGGAGCCAUCUCGGUCGGCAUCCACCUACUGUCUCCAAGUAGCGACGGUCUCUUCCAGCGCGCUUUCAUGCAAAGCGGCAGCCCGUUUAUCGGGGUUUUCGUGAGCAGUCCAACGAAGGCGGCAUCCAGCACAGACAUGCUCGCAGCCUACCUCGACUGCAAGGAACGGGACUCGCGUGAGCUUUCUGUGACAGAGGUCGUCAGCUGCCUGCGAUCCAAGGACGUCGGUGACAUCUUAGAAGCCGCGGAAAGUUUACACACAGCCAAGUUCGACGGAUUCGUUCCGUUUUUCGGCGGUGACUUUGUGCCGGAAAAGCUCGGAAAAGCAUUCGCCCGUGUCCCACCAAACGCACGCGACGUCCUCGUGAGCGUGUGCGAAGCGGAGGGAGACGCUUUGAUCAAGUACUUGCUUGGGGCGUUCAACAUUGUAGAAAACCUUGACAAAGUGACUGCGCGCCGUAUGGAGGCUGUUCUGAGGUUGCCAUUGUCGCGUGUGCUUGUCGGCACCGACAUUGACGCCAUCAUCGAGCGCUACCUCGGCCCAGUGUCGGGCCAGAAUGGAAUCGAAGUAGCUCGGGCUGCGUCGGAUAUGUUGGGUGACUGGAUGUUCGGCUGCCCGGCUCUAAGCACGGCCAACGCGCUUGCAGCUGCGAACGUGUCAGUGCACGUUCUACGUUAUUCUGAGCGGCUGUCCUUCAUCGAUUGGCCCGAGUGGGUUCGUCCGACACACAGUGAUGACAUCGUGUUCAGCCUGGGCUCCAGUCUGAGCCUUGGAAGCCGUCCCUCCGACGCUGACGUCAAGGCUACUGAGAACAUGAUAAACAUCGUCUCGACGUUCACUCGCACAGGCGUGCCAAAGGUCACGGAUGGCACGAAAUGGCCGAAAUUUGGGAAAGAAGGAGAGUACUUGCACAUACGGAAUGGAAGCAGUGUCCAGGAAAAGCACUUCUUCGAAUCUACGUGUAACUUCUGGCACAAGGUUCUACCUCAUGAUUAAAAAGCAACU